UUCCUUCUCCUCCUCCUCGAGGUUUCCUCGCGCAGGAAAGGAGCGGCUGUCCGCGCACGGCAUGGCAUGAGCUGGGAGAGCUGGAGAGAGACCCGUGGAAGAUGUCGAACCCGAGAAACGGCGACACCAAGCCCCCAUGUUUGCCUCGCAAUGGACUGGUGAAGAUCCCCACACAGCCCAACGGCCUCGGCUCUGCCAGCAUCACCAAAGGCACCCCUGCCGUGAAAAACCGCCUGUGCCAGCCUUCCUCCGUGCCUGCCAUCCUCAGUCCAGCCUUAGCUCCCCGCAGCGACCUGCCCAUCCCCAGCCUGGCCUCGCCGCUGUCCCUGGCCGCUCUGGCUGGCGUCUCAUCCCCUCCCGGCACCUCCUUGGUGGCACUGAACUCGAGCGAGGCCAUUCCAGGCUCUGAGCAUCCCUCUCCAGAACGGCUGCCCGGUUCACCCUCAGAGAGGCAGCUGGUGGUGGAUGAGAAGAUCCUCAACCGCCUCUUCUGGUACUUUUCGGCUUGUGAGAAGUGCGUGUUGGCACAGGUGUGCAAGGCGUGGCGGCGAGUGCUCUACCAACCCAAAUUUUGGGUGGGUCUGACACCUGUCCUCCACACCAAAGAGCUCUACAAUGUCCUGCCUGGUGGCGAGAAAGAGUUUGUCAGCCUGCAGGGUUUUGCUGUGCGGGGUUUUGACGGUUUCUGCCUCGUGGGCGUCUCCGACCUGGACAUUUGUGAGUUCAUUGACAACUACCCCUUGUCCAAGAAGGGGGUCAAGUCUAUGAGCCUUAAAAGGUCAACCAUCACGGAUGCAGGGCUGGAGGUGAUGCUGGAGCAGAUGCAGGGUGUGGUGCGGCUGGAGCUGUCAGGCUGCAACGACUUCACGGAGGCCGGGCUGUGGUCGAGCCUCAACGCCCGCAUCACAGCGCUGAGCGUCAGCGACUGCAUCAACGUGGCUGAUGAUGCCAUCGCAGCCAUCUCACAGCUCCUGCCCAACCUUGCUGAGCUCAACCUGCAAGCUUACCAUGUGACGGACACGGCUCUCGCCUACUUCACCGCCAAGCAGGGUUAUACCACGCAUACCCUGCGCCUCAAUUCCUGCUGGGAGAUCACCAACCACGGCGUGGUCAACAUGGUGCACAGCUUGCCCAACCUGAGUGUCCUCAGCCUCUCGGGCUGCUCCAAGGUGACAGAUGAUGGCGUGGAGCUGGUGGCUGAGAACCUGCGCAAGCUACGCAGCCUUGACCUGUCCUGGUGCCCUCGCAUCACUGACAUGGCCCUGGAGUACAUCGCCUGUGACCUGCACAAGCUGGAGGAGCUGGUGCUCGACAGGUGUGUGCGGAUCACUGACACUGGUCUCAGCUACCUGUCCACCAUGUCAUCCCUGAGGAGCCUUUACCUGCGCUGGUGCUGCCAGGUGCAGGACUUUGGCCUGAAGCACCUCCUGGGCAUGGGCAGCCUACGCCUCCUGUCUCUUGCUGGCUGCCCCUUGUUGACCACCACGGGCCUCUCAGGGCUGGUACAGCUGCAGGAGCUGGAGGAGCUGGAGCUCACCAACUGCCCCGGAGCCACUCCAGAGCUCUUCAAGUACUUCUCCCAGCACCUGCCCUGCUGCAUGGUCAUCGAGUAGCGUCCACCUGAUGGGGACCAGCCCCCCUAAACCCAGCUGCGACGGCACCCAACCCAUUUCUUCCCGUCAGCAGGAUUAGGGGGGGUGCAAAAGACGCUGCCCAUUCAA